CGGCUCUCAUUCGUUUACGUCGUCCUGGGGUGCUUGCUCUCUACCUGUUGGGUUUACUCUCGUACCCCUUCAAGGCACUCCGGUCAUCAGUGCUGCAACGCAAAGACAGAGGCGACUCGACGAAGGGUGCAGCGCCAGGAGCGACGAACAUUCAAACACGUUGGUUAUGCCGAGCACUGCUCAAGUCUCAACAUCGCGACGAUAGGAUCGACCACCAUCGUUCGGCUUCCCAUCUGACAACUCGCCGCAGCAUACACUCUCCUUCCUCAACAAGAGUGGAAACGGAGGGCUACGAUGGCGUACCGAAACGGGCCUGCUGGUGCCGGCCAACAGGUGUACGGAGCGCAGUAUGCGCCUCACAUCGCAGCGUACGGCGCUGGCUCGCAUAUGGAUCUUUCCGGCCUGAGCCAGAACGGCAUGGUGCAGCAACAUGCGCUCGGCGGCAGCCAUGGUGUGCCAUCGUACACAUUCAACACUGCGGCCCAAGGCGGUUUUGCGCAGACGCAAGCCUACGCACAACAAACAACAUACUCUCAGGCUCAACUCCAGGCGCAGAUACAAGCGGCAGCGCUGGCAGCUCAGGCGCAAGCGCCACCCCAGCAGUUGCAGCACCCUGCAAUGCAACAUGCGGCCCAACAACUGCAGCAUCAGCAGCAACAGUUCCAGAUGCAGCAGCAGCAGCAGCUCCAGGCGCAGUACGGCAACACGCAAGCUGCUGCUACUGCCACAACAUACACUCGCUCCCCUAGCCCCGGCCUUGCUGCCUCAGGUGGCGGCGAGCGUGCACCCCACUCUAGUCGGCCUGCCGCGCGGCGCGCCUCUCCCUCUCCCUCCGGCGCCGUCGGUGCACCCUCCACCGCUUCCGCCUCGGCCGCAAGCGGGAGCGCAGAAAAGGGGUCUGACUAUGUUUACUUUGAGCGCAAGCUUGACCGCAUAAGCAAGGACACCAUCGACGCGGCGACGGGCGCCAAGCUGAAGCUGGAGCACUUUUACAAGAUCGCCGUCGAGCAGGCCAUCGAGCGGACCGGCAGGCGCGUCGAGCUGGAGAAGCGCCUCGCCGCGGCGCAGGAUGUGCCAGAAGACCGCAAGCAGCGGCAGCUGGCGCAGCUCGGGCGUCGCGAGAGCAAUUUCCUACGCCUCCGCCGGACGCGCCUGGGCUUGGAAGACUUUAGGACUGUCAAAGUUAUCGGGAAAGGUGCCUUUGGUGAGGUUAGGCUGGUGCAGAAGGCGGAUACAGGGAAGAUCUAUGCGAUGAAAACGCUUCGGAAGAGCGAAAUGUUCAAGAAAGAUCAGCUUGCCCACGUUCGCGCCGAGCGUGACGUUUUGGCAGAGUCAAAUUCGCCCUGGAUCGUACAGCUGUUCUAUUCCUUUCAGGACCCGCAGUACCUUUAUCUGCUGAUGGAAUUCCUGCCCGGUGGUGAUCUCAUGACGAUGCUCAUCAAGUACGAUACAUUCUCCGAGGAUGUGACACGGUUCUACAUGGGAGAGUGCGUCUUGGCUUUGGAGGCCAUUCACAAGCUUGGCUUCAUUCAUCGUGACAUCAAACCGGAUAACAUCCUCAUCGACGCAAAAGGCCACAUCAAGCUCUCUGACUUUGGCCUCUCGACCGGCUUCCACAAGCAGCAUGACUCUGCAUACUACCAAAAGCUUCUUGAAGGCGGCACGACGAACGGCGCGCCGCAAGCCGGGCGCAACUCGGUCGCGGUGAACCCGAUCACAUUAACGCUCAGCAGCAAGGACGCCAUCGCUACGUGGAAGGCAAACCGGCGGAAGCUGGCGUACUCAACGGUCGGCACUCCAGACUACAUUGCGCCGGAGAUCUUCCUGCAGCAGGGAUACAGCAACGAGUGCGAUUGGUGGAGCCUCGGCGCCAUCAUGUUCGAGUGUCUCUGCGGCUACCCGCCCUUUUGCUCCGAGAAUGCGCACGACACGUACCGCAAGAUCCUCGCGUGGAGGGAGACGCUGCAGUUCCCCGAUGACAUCCAUCUCAGCCCCGAGGCAGAAGGCAUGAUUAGAAAUUUUCUGCGCGAACCGGAGAACCGACUGGGCCGCAACGGCGCGCAGGACAUCAAGGACCACCCCUUCUUUGCGGGUGUCGACUGGACCACCAUCCGCCAGAUCGAUGCACCUUUCAUUCCUGCGCUCAAGAGCAUCACUGAUACAUCCUAUUUCCCUACUGACGACCUCAAUGAGGUACCAGACAUGCCGACGACGGACUCAAGCAGCAAGCAGUCCGACCUUCCCUUCUUGGGGUACACGUUCCGGCGGUACGUCUCUAACGAGCAUCAAAUACUGUAAUUCAUCCAGGAACACCCAACGUACAGGGAAUAGAAUUUUGGCACCAAUCUUGACCAGAUCAAGGCGCACGUUCGAGGGUAGCUCUGCUGGACUCGGAUUUUCCGGCGCCUUUAUUUCACGGCAGAUCGAGUGCCUGACGCAACACGCUUCCGUCCGUUCACGAAGAGGCUGGCAAGCGUGCGGACCUUUUCAAAGACACCUUAUCAAAUUCUGUAAUAUACCAUCCACUGCAAGCAUUGGCAUACAUCCAUGG